AUGGAUCAUCCAUUAACAGAGCAAGAAUGGAAGGGAGUUAAGGGAAGGAGACCACAUAUAUUGGCUGUGCCAUUUCCAGCUCAAGGACAUGUCCGGCCACUCAUGAAAUUCUCUCAACAAAUUGCCAAUCAUGGAAUCAAGGUUACAUUUGUUAACACAGAAUACAUACAUGCAAAAGUAGUUGCUGCAAUGUCUGAGGAAGAUGAGAAGCAAAGAAACAUAGAACUAAUAUCGAUUCCUGAUGGACUGAUGCCUGAUGAUGAUAGAAACAAUGGUUUUAUCAUCAACAGCGGUCUUAGAAAAACGUUGCUGAGAAAUUUGACAAAUCUGAUGGAGAAGCUUAGCUGUGAUGAAAAGAUUAGUUGUGUCAUAGCUGAUAUUUCAAUUGGAUGGAUUCUCGAUAUCAUCGAAAAGAUGGAAGCUGUACCAGUAGCUUUUCUAACAGGUGCAGCAGCAGAGAUGGCCUUGACACUGCACACAGGCCCGGUCCUGGGCCGAGGCCAGUGA